UUCAAACCACGAGCGCCUCAACUUCAAACUCCCAACAUGAAAGUACUGCAGAGCAGCAGGCGCGGCCACUGAGGCGCGCUCACGUCCACUCACAUUCAUUGGCAAGGGGCACGCUUUACCUGUUACUAAACACGUUAUUUUUUUUCCUCUUUUUUAAUCAAAUCUUCCUUGUUCGUUUUUUUUUUUUAUACCCCUUUUUGUUAGCUGCUAACUAGCUAGCUGGGACGGAUCCCCGCCUGCAAUGUUGACGUGUGACCAUGGCCGCGCGAGUGGCUCAUGCCCCAGGGGCCAGCAAAAAUAAGAAGCCGGGUCUGUCGGGCGGUCCGAUUCAGGAGCCGAGCCCCGGGGCGCCGCUGAAGGGGGUCGCACACGCACACGCAGCGCUGCUCGGGACGGGCGAUGGCGCGAACGCUGACACCAUGAAUAAUGUAGAUCUCCAGCACCGACCGAACGCGGCCGGCGUCGCUCGUGGUUCUUCGGCUGGAGGCUCGAGUCCGCGCGAGAGGGAGCAGGAGGAGAGCGAGAGGCAGAGCGCGAGCGAGUCCGCCGCGUGUCUGUCCGCGUCCCUCUCAGGUGGCGCGUCCUCGAGCAUGGACACGGGUUCGAUCACGAGCCAUAAACGGAAGAACGUCGGCGGAGCGGAUCCCCCUCCCGCGUGCCACCGCCACGCGCCGCCGCCGCCGCAACAGCAACAACAACAGCAGCAGCAGCAACAACAACAACAACAGCAGCAGCAGCAGCCGUUCAAUCAGUUUCAGCCGCAUCACCCGCGUCAGAUCCAGAACAACAACGUCAACAUCAGCAGCCCGCAAUCGGCGCAGGGAGACGCCGGCGCUCGGCAACAUGGGGGCAAGGAGAACAUGGUCGGAAAUCGGGCUGAUAGGAGUCAGCAGCCGAUGAACAAGAGCGAGGAGGAGAACAAUCAGCCGUGCAAAUCGGGGGAGCGGAUGGGCGGCAGGUACGAGCACGGCGGCCUGGGACCGGCGAACAACAACAACAACAGCAGCAGCAGCAGCAGUAGUAGCAGCAGCAGCAGCAGCAACAACUUCAUCGGAAACAACCAGCCUCCAGGUGCGGGGGGCAGCAGCGGCGCCGCUCCGGACUUCAAUCAUUAUUAUGGCAACGCCAGGGGAGGGCCUGUGCUCGAGCAACAUGGCGGACAACAAAGCCCUGGGAUCGGGCUGAUGCAUUCUUCGGCGCCCAGCACCAUGGAUCAAGUACAAAACUCGCAUGAGGGCUACAACAGCCAGUACAACCACUACCAGAACUACCGCCCCGGCUACGGAGGAGCCGGAUACGGCAUGAUGAGCCCCUCGCGGCAGGGAAACAGCAUGAUGGGCCCGGCUGGCAGCGGCGGCGGCGGCAGCGGCGCAGGUCACGGCAAGACCGCGAUGGCCGCUGCCCCUGGCUCAGGCUCCGGUGCCGGUGGCUUUCAGAGAUUCCCGGGGCAGAGUCAGCAGCACGGGUCCGGGGCCACGCCGACCCUGAACGAGCUGCUGACCUCCCCCAGCCCCGUCAUUCGAGGCUACAGCGGCGGGUACCCGGACUACAGCGGCGGCCCCUCGGCUCAGCAGCAGCAGCAGCAGGCGGGCAUGGCGCUGGGCAAAGACAUGGGCGCCCAGUACGGAUCCCCCAGCCACGGCUGGGGAGGACAACAAAGAACUCACCCCGCCAUGAACCCGGGGAACAACGGACAGGGUCUAGGUAGAUCCCAGAUGGCUCCCAUGGACCCAAUGGCAAUCAAGCGCUCUCACCUCUACCCAAUGGGCAGCACCCCAUACACACAGCAUCAGCAGGGUGGGGCUUACCACAGCCAACCGUACGGCUCACCCACCCCUCAUCAGUACCCAAUGGGAGUGCAGGGGAGGGGUCAGGUGGGCAUGGGAGGAAUGCAGUACCCUCAGCAUCAGCAGAUGCCAGCACAGUACGGCCAGCAAGCCAUGAGUGGGUACUGCCAACAGGGCCAGCCACCAUACUUCAGCCAGCCACCGCAGCCUACAGCACCCACACAGCCAAUGUACAUGCAACCCCGUGCUCCACCACAACAGGAGAUUCCUUCGGACAGCUUCGGCAGCAGGAGUCAACCGCCCGUCACCGCCGGAAAGCCGAGCCACGAGGACAUGGGUCUGAUUCAGCAGGACAGACCGUCCAGUCUUCCUGACCUGUCAGGCUCCAUCGAUGACCUGCCCACAGGGACGGAGGCAGGCCUCAGCUCAGCAGUCAGUGCUUCAGGCUCCUCCAGCAGCCACGGCGAGCAGAGUAACCCAGCGCCAUCGCCUUUCUCGCCCCGCGCCUCUCCAGUGGGCUCUCCGGUGGGUUCGGCCCAGUCGCGCUCUGGCCCCAUCUCUCCUGCCAGCGUCCCAGGAAACCAGAUGGUCCAGCAGACGGCAGGAAGCGUGUCUGACGUGGGCUCCCACUCCAGCAUGAACCAGUCACCUAUGUCCCAAGAGAGGGGAUUUGCACCUGGCAUAUCGCGGAAUGCCCCACCUCCCCAGUGCGGCCCUCAACAACCGGGGCCUUCUAUGUCGCCUCACCCCUCUCCAGGCGUGCCCAUCCACCAGGGUGGGGGUCCCUACCAGCAAGGAGGCUCAAGUGGGCCCCCAUACUCAUCCCAGGGUGGACAGUAUGGACCCCAGGGAAACUACCCUAGACUGCCCAGCUAUGGAGGGGCCCCUGGGGUCAACUACAAUGUCCCAGGAACAAGCAUGAGCAACAACCUGGGUCUGAAUGCCAGCGGCCCCAUGCAUGGCCAGGGCCCUGGGCAGCCCUGCAGCUCCAUGCCCAUGGGGCGUGGCCCUGGGACGGGGGUGGUGGGUCGACCCUACCCUGCCAGCACCAGCGGCAUGGCCCCCAAUUCACCCAGCAUGCCCCAGCCUGCUGGCCCAGGGAUGGGGCCACCUCCGCCUAGCAUUAGCCGCAAACCCCAGGAGGUCACAGCAUCCAGCAUGCAGGCUGUACCCAGCUCCACGUCAGCCAGGCCCCUGUACGAAAAGCCCACUGCUCCCCCCGGCCAAGCUGGGCCAGGUGCGAUACCCUCGCCAGCUCACGCACCUCCGCCUCAACACCCCAGCUUCGGCAGUGCUCAGGCACCUCCCAUGAUGCCCCAGCCUGAGCAGUACGGGCAGGGCACCUACCCCCUGGGCAACCAGAUGGGCAUGAUGGGUACCACUGCCUCUUACAACCAGCCAACUGGGAAUAGCUCCGGAAGGAUGACACCGCAAGGGCCACCCUACAGUGCUCCACCCUCAGGACCCCUGGCGAUGUCAGGGGAUGGAAUUAUGACCAGUGACCCAAAGCAGAAAGCAGACAACAAGGAGGAGGGCAGUGUUCCUGGUUCAGAGCCCCCGAAGGCCAAGGACAGCUACAGCUCUCAGUGUGUGUCCCAGCCCCCGACCCCCUCCCCCCUGUCCCCCAGCCCUGCUAGCCUUUCCUCGUAUCACGGGGACGACAGUGAUAGCAUUAGCAGCCCCGCCUGGCCAAAGACUCCAUCGAGCCCUAAGCACAAUUCCUCCACCAUGACCGGUGAAAAGAUCACCAGGCUGUACCAGAUGGGCACGGAGCCGGAGCGGAGGGCUUGGGUGGACCGCUACCUGACCUUCAUGGAGGAGCGCGGCACACCCGUUCCCACCCUGCCCGCUGUGGGAAAGAAGCCGCUGGACCUGUGGCGCCUCUACAUGUGUGUGAAGGAGAUAGGCGGUCUGGCCAUGGUCAAUAAGAAUAAGAAGUGGAGGGAACUUUCCACACACCUGAAGGUGGGCACGUCCAGCAGCUCAGCCAGCUCGCUCAAGAAGCAGUAUAUCCAGUACCUGUUUGCCUUCGAGUGCAAGGUGGAGCGUGGAGAAGAGCCGCCACCUGAUGCUUUCGCCACGGGGGACGCCAAAAAGCAGUUGCAGGCUAACAUCCAGCCGCCGUCACCCGCCAAUUCAGGCUCCCUGCAGGGUCCUCACACCCCCCAGUCCACAGGCAGCAGCUCCAUGACCGAUAUGCCUGGCAUGCCUAGCGACGGCAAGCCGCCAACCCCGGCCUCUGCCCCUCACACUCAGACAAGCACGCUGCAGAGUGGCAGGAACAGCACCGUCAGCGUGCAGGACCCCUUCUCGGAGGCCAGUGACCCCGUCUUCCAGAAACGUGCCCCUUUGACCUCUGGGACACCCUACCCGCAGGGCAGUAACAUGCCGGACGCCAUGACCAGAAUGCAGUAUGAGGCCAGCAAAGACCCCUUUGGCCCGGCAAGGAAGGGUGCGAUUGGGAAUGAGACCUACCUGCCAGGCCAGAUGGCCAGCAGCGGCAUGCAGGAAGCGUACGGCCGUGGCCCCCCUUCGGGUACCAUGUCCAGCCUGGGAAUGGGCCAGCGCCCGCAGUACCCCUUUGGUUCCGGGUAUGACAGGAGACCUGAUCAUGUGAUGGGUCCAGAGGGGGGCUUGGCUCCCCACGGGGGUCAGAACAAUGAGCCUGGCUUGUACUCCCCUAACCGAUACCCCUCCCAACAGCGACACGAGGGCUACGGGCAGCCAUACCCUCACAGCAUACCAUAUGGAGUGCAUCAGCCCGGGAUGUUCCCCCAGCAGCAGGGUUACAAAAGGCCCCUGGAUGGAAUGUAUGGCCCCCCACCCAAGCGCCACGAGGGAGAGGCCUAUAACAUGCCAUAUGGAGGCCAGCAGCCGGACAUGUACGGCCAGUAUGGGGGCUAUUCGGGCCCUGACCGGCGGCCUAUGCAGGGUCAAUUCCCUUACAGCUAUGGACGAGACCGCAUGCCACCCUCAGGCCAGAUGCCGCCCCAGAUGAUGGGUGGUGGUCCCAUGCAGCCGCCCCCAUGUUCUGGCUCCAGCGAGGGGCAUCAGCCUAACAUGUGGCCCCCCAGGACAGACAUGCCCUAUCCCUACGCAAGCCGGCAAGGUCAAGGGCCCUCUUACUCAAUGGGCCGGGCUGAGGACAUGGAGGGCCGGUCCAACCAGGAUGGUCCCUGGCCUGGUCAAACGGGUCAGCGCCAGUCAUCCUUUCUCCCCUCAACCACUUCUUCCCCCUCCUCUUCCUCAAGCCCCAUGCCCUCCAUGACCACCCGACCCCCACCUUCAUCAUAUCAGACACCCCCAAGCAUCGCCAAUCACACCUCUCGGGAUGCCAGCCCUGCCCCUUUCCAGCGCUCAAUGGAGACUCACAUGUCACCCAGUAAAGCUCACUUCAUGGCCUCUGUGAAGACCCCCAAGCCAGGCGUGUCCAUGCCAAGCUUGCCUGGCCAGGCUCCGCCCCCAAUUUGGCGGGAGGCCAGCUACCCCUCAGGUUCAGUGGAGGCCACCCAGCCAAUGCUGAAACCACGAAGGAAACUGACCUCCAAGGACACGGGAACUCCAGAGGCCUGGCGUGUGAUGAUGUCCCUCAAGUCAGGCCUGCUGGCUGAGAGUACCUGGGCCUUGGACACCAUCAAUGUCCUCCUGUAUGAUGACAGCACAGUGGGAUCUUUCACACUAUCCCAGCUGCCUGGAUUUCUGGAACUCAUUGUGGAAUACUUCCGGAGGUGCUUGAUAGAGAUGUUUGGGAUCCUGGAGGAGUAUGAGGUGGGCACGGCGGGGCAGAAAACCCUUCUGGGUCCUGGUGUCAGUGAGAAGGAGGAGUACCACACCAGUCCACUGAGUAAGCACGAGUCAGAAACAGAGGUGGAGCACGGUAAGGAGAAGCAGGAAGUGGAAUCAAAGGAGGUUUUGCCUGGCCCCAGCCAGGAGCGUGCCGCGGAGGGGGAGGCUCGGUCUGAGCCGCCGAUAAAAGAGGAGGAGAAAGAGGAGGCCAGCGUGCAGCAGGCUGCAGAGAGGAAGGACAACUCGGAGGAAAAGUGCGCUCAAGUCAUGGAGCCCCGGCCAAAACAGGCCAGCAAAUUUGACCGCUUCCCGCUGAAACUGGAGGAGAAGGAGUGGGAUGGCCCGGAGACGGAGCCAUCAGCUGGGGAAGGCUUCGCCAGUGGGCUGCUUCACUGGCAAGCUGGCGGGGGAGACUCCACUGUUCACAUUCAGACCCAUUUUGAGAGCAAGCUCAGCGGUGAGGGCGACAGUUGGCGGGCAGGAGCGGAGAGCGGUGUGAGAGCUGAUGUUAAAGAGGUGCCAAGGUCACAGGUUGAGGGGGAUUCUGUCCUGUCUCUAGUACCCUUGGCCAGGAACCCACAGCAGUCAGACGACCUGGAGGACGAGCCUCGGUGCCGAGAUGACGCCCCGCUCUCCGUUGCUGCCGAUUGGCAGGAUUCGCUUGCCCGCCGCUGUGUCUGCGUCUCCAACAUUGUACGCGGUCUCUCUUUCGUGCCAGGCAACGAUGCUGAGAUGUCCCGGCACCCGGGCCUGGUACUGAUCCUAGGAAAACUGGUGCUGCUGCACCACGAGCAUGCUGAGCGGAAGCGGCUGCCACGGGUGCGCCGCGAUGAGGGAGAGGAGGAGGAGCCUGGCCUGGCCUGCAUCAGGGAUGAGUGGCGCUGGGACUGCCUGGCCCAGCUCCGCGAGAACACCAUGGUGACGCUGGCCAACAUUGCCGGUCAGCUGGACCUGUCGCUCUACCCAGAGAGCAUCUGCCUGCCCGUGUUGGACGGCCUGCUGCACUGGACGGUGUGCCCCUCGGCUCAGGCCCGGGACCCUUUCCCUGCGGCGGGGCCCUACUCUGCCCUGACCCCGCAGAGGCUGGUGCUGGAGUGCCUGUGUAAACUAAGUGUGCAAGAUGGCAAUGUGGACCUGCUGCUGGCCACGCCUCCGGCGGCCCGCCGGGAGCGGCUGUUUGCCGCGCUGGUGCGCCACGUGGCCGAGCGCCGUAGCCAGGUGUGCCGGGAGAUGGCCGUGGCUGUCCUGUCUAACCUGGCCCGCGGAGAUGCCCUGGCAGCCCGUGCCAUUGCUGUCCAGAGGGGUAGCGUGGGCAGCCUGGCCAGUUUCCUGGAGGACGGCGUAGCCAUGGCGCAGUACCAGCACGGCCCGCACGGUCCACCGCACCCCGAGCCGCCCAGCGUCAGCAUGAUGUGCCGUGCUGCCAAGGCCCUGCUGGCCAUGGCCGAGGUGGAGGAGAAUCGCUCCGAGUUUGUGUUGCACGAGGGCCGGCUGCUCGACAUCGCCAUGUCCUCCGUGCUGAACUCGGCUGUGGCCAGUAUCGUGUGCCAAGUGCUCUUCAAGAUCAGCCGCUCGUGACAGGCCUUCCCUGAGGGCCAGGGGCCUGUGGGAGCACAGAAGCACGAGACACAUGCAAACGGUGGUAUUAUAUUUUUAUUUAAGCAAAAGAACAUAAAAAUGUUUUUAUAUAUAAAUAUAUAAAUAAA